CUCUAUUUGUCUCUGCCGCUCACUUCUUUUGAGUUUCUCCCCUCUCGAGUCUCGUGUAUAUAGAGAGAGAAACUAAUAUACAAAGACAGAGCCAGAGUAUUAUAUAUCUACACACAAGCGAAGUCAGAGAACACAGUCUCAGUUCUCGCCUCGCCGGAAAUGACGGUGUUUGGCCACUCAGGAGGCGGCGGUUUUCUCGCCGGAAAACAGGUGUUUCCGGUGGACUGUGAAGCUGAGGUCUCUCAGCGACUCCUUGAAGCUUCCCACUGCAACGAUCUCAAAUCGGCAUUCGAAUGCAUUGCCGAUCCGUUCGUCGACGUCAACAUCAUCGGCGCUGUGUGCUUGAAGAUUCGGAAGUCGGAGGUGUUGUGUCACGACGAAUCGGCAAAUGAAGCUAGAGUCGAGUAUGAGGAGUUCAGGACUGAUGUCACGCCUUUGUUCCUCGCUGUUCAUGCUGGAAAUGUGACGCUCGUCAGGAAGCUACUGUGCGUUGGAGCCGAUGUGAACCAGAAACUCUUCAGAGGCUUCGCGACAACAGCAGCAGUGAGGGAGGGCCACCUUGAGAUUUUGGAAAUCUUGAUUAAAGCUGGAGCUUCUCAAGCUGCUUGCGAGGAGGCUCUGUUAGAAGCUAGCUGUCAUGGGCAUGCAAGACUUGCGGAGCUGCUCAUGGGAUCCGAUUUGAUUCGGCCCCAUGUUGCUGUGCAUUCUCUUGUCACUGCAUGUUGCAGAGGGUUCGUGGAUGUGGUGGAUGCUCUCAUGAAGUGUGGAGUGGAUGUGAAUGCAACUGAUCGGAUGCUGCUUCGAUCAUCUAAACCUUCUCUGCAUACAAAUGUUGACUGUACUGCUCUUAUUGCUGCAGUCGUUAGCAAGCAGGUCACUGUUGUCCGUCUACUAAUACAGGCUGGUGCCAGAACAGACAUCAAAGUGCCACUGGGAGCAUGGUCGUGGGAUAUGGCUUCAGGUGAAGAGUUCCGAGUGGGUGCCGGACUGGCGGAGCCCUAUGCCAUCACCUGGUGUGCAGUGGAGUACUUUGAAUUCAGUGGUGCCAUCUUAAGCAUGCUCCUCCAACAUCUACCCCUUGACACAACUCAUUGCGGAAGAACCCUCCUCCACCAUGCCAUCCUCUGCGGUAAUACAAGUGCCAUCAAUGUGCUCUUGAAUUGUGGUGCUGAUAUAGAAUCCCCCAUUAAAACAUCCGGGACAAUUGAGUUCCGUCCAAUACACAUGGCUGCACGUCUUGGAUUCUCAACAAUCCUUCAAUGCCUAAUUGACUUUGGCUGUGAUCUAAACUCAAGGACAGAUACCGGUGAGACAGCUUUGAUGAUAUGUGCAAAAUAUAAGCGAGAAGAGUGUCUCACAGUAUUGACCAGAGCUGGUGCUGAUUUUGGCUUGGUCAAUGUAGCUGGCCAGUCUGCAAUUUCUAUUGCUGGGUCGAACCAAUGGUCCCUUGGGUUUCAACAAGCUGUCUUAGAUCUAAUUAGAGCUGGAAAGGUUCCCAACUCCAGCAAUGUUUCUGUUUUUACUCCUCUAUUAUUCGUAGCUCGAUCAGGUGAUAUUCAAGGCUUGAAAGCUCUGAUUGCAAGGACAGGAAUUGAUCUUGAUUAUCAGGAUGACACAGGUUUUUCAGCAAUAAUGAUUACUGCAAUGGAAGGUUGUGUUGAAGCAUUUCGGUUGCUUGUCUAUGCAGGGGCUGAUGUAAAGCUGUCUAACAAAUCUGGUGAGACUGCCAUUACCCUGUCCAAAUUAAAUCAGAACCGUGACCUAUUUGAGAAGGUAAUGCUUGAAUUUGCCCUUGAAAAGGGUGAUCGAAAUGCUGGAUGGUUUUAUGCCCUACAUUGUGCAGCUCGUCGUGGAGACAUGGAUGCAGUUAAACUGUUGACUACAAGGGGUUAUGAUGUAAACGUCCCUGAUGGUGAUGGCUACACACCACUCAUGUUGGCAGCUAGGGAAGGGCAUGGACGUAUGUGCGAGAUUUUGAUCUCGUGUGGAGCAUGUUGUGACAUAAAAAAUGUGAAGGGUGAAACUGCACUCUCACUUGCUAGGAAGGAAGGUGGCAUGCAAAAUGAUGCAGAACGUGUGAUACUGGAUGAGCUUGCUCGCAAGCUGGUAUUAGGUGGUUCGCAUGUGCAGAAGCACACCAAAGGCGGGAAAGGAGCUCCUCAUGGGAAAGUUAUUAAAAUGAUGGAGGCUAGAGGAUUGUUGCGGUGGGGUAAAUCAAGCCGGAGAAAUGUGAGAUGCAGAGAGGCUGAAGUGGGGCCGAGCUCAAGCUUCCAGCGACUUAGACAGAGGAAGGGUGAUGCUGCUGGACCUGGAGUGUUUCGGGUGAUGACAACGAAAAACAAAGAAGUGCAUUUUGUGUGUGAGGGUGGACAUGAAAUGGCAGAGCUGUGGGUCAGAGGAAUAAAACUUGUCACAAGGGAGGCCUUGUUUGAUAAGAAGCAGAGAGAUACAUGAACGGAAAGGCUGUCUAGUUAUCGUGUAUAGGUGGUGUUCAGCAAAAUACUUCAUCUUGAAGUAUUUGCAACUGUCUCUUUCUCAUUGUAAAGGUUUUGUUUUCCUGAGCUGUAAAUGCAUUUUGAAGAUGGAAGGGGCAAAAGUCUUUGAAAUUUGUUCAAUAUGUAGGUAUGAGUAAGGAUCUUGGAGAGGGUCUUGAACUUAAUCAAAGGUGGAGAUUUUAUCAUCAGGUGAUAAGAAUGGACCAUUAUAGGUGGUUCAAUCUCCACCUUCGAUAGUAGCACAGAACCCUCCCCAACACUGGACUUAUAGGUGAUGAGAGUGGACCAUUAUACCGGCAUGCAAGUAUUGCUAGUUCAGUCUUCUUCCAAACUUGUUUUGCGAAUUCUAACCCGGCCUCCCGAUUUAGCACUCAUCCUUUCCAAACACUUGUACAAUAUAGCCAAAGCUGCUCCAGCAAAUUCAAGGACACCUCACACUAAACAGACAAGUUUGGAACAAACGACUAACGCCUCAUUACCAAAUAGUGUAAAGUUAGAAUUGUGAUAGAUCCUUCUUGCAAAUGUUGAAUCUUCAUAGCAUCCUCAGAACAUUGAUUCACCACAUUUAACUUAUUAGAAUCUAAAGUUGUUAAGUUUCAAAGAAAAGUUUUACAGACAACAAUCAGAUAUAGAAAUUUUCACCUAUGGAAUGCCAAGUGCAAAUCUAUUAUUACUAUUAUUAUUAUUAUUUUUUUAAAAAAAAAAAAAGAAAAAAAAGAAAGAAAGAGGAAGACUAUGAAAUUGCAUGAGAAAUAAGGAAUACCACCAAUAGUGUCUCGUUGCUGAGCCUUUCAGAUAUUCAAAUCUUCAUAUCAGCACAAAAAUAUUGUUGCAGAGCAUUCGGAUGCGCUCGCAGAUGGAGAGAG